UCCUGCUGUAGAUUGAAGCAGGCGAUUCAUACUGUCUUAUCCAGGACAGGAUUUUGUGUUAGCACAGAUUGAUUUUACUGCCAAGGUAUUCCCUGUGCUCUGAGAUAACUAAGGUUAAUCAAUGUUGGAAGUUUUAGAAUAAUCUCCACCGUGGGCUGUCCUCUUGUGUACCAGCACGUGGAUCGAAAGAAGUAGGCAAGCAAGCAGGCAGAGUGGAACAGCUUACAAGGAAACGCAGCCAUAUGAUGUCGGAGAAGUAUAUUACAGUACUCUUUUUGGUUCUGGGCUCUGGCUUGGGCUCAGGGUCCUGUGGGAAGGUGCUGGUCUGGCCAGCUGACAACAGUCACUGGCUCAAUGUAAAGUCCAUUUUAGAAGAGCUCGCAGACAGGGGCCAUGAGGUGACCGUGCUGUUGUCUUCAUCCUUUCUGGGCACAGAUCCCACCAGAUCUUCUCCUUUCAAUUUUGAGGUGAUCCCUGUGCCAUUCACAAAGGAGGAUAUGGCAUCCCUGAUGGAAGACUUUCUCCAGAUGUGGGUUUAUGAACUGCCCAACUUUUCAUACUGGGAGACCACUUCCAGGAUGUGUAACUUAAUAUCACGGUUGGUGUCUAUAAACAAAGCAACUUGUGAUUCGGUGGUGUGGAAUGAGGAGCUGAUGAAGAUGCUGAGAGAGGCUGCCUUUGACAUUCUCCUUGCAGAUCCAUUAGUGCUGGGUGGGGAGCUAGUGGCAGAGAAGCUUGGAGUCCCAUUUGUCUAUACUUUCCGGUUCUCUAUUGGGAACACAGUGGAGCGGCUGUGUGGGGGGCUUCCAGCCCCUCCGUCGUACGUGCCUGCCAGCAUGGGGGGACAGACGGACAGGAUGUCCUUCAUGGAGAGGAUGAAAAACAUGCUCUUUUAUGCUCUUCAGGAUGUUCUGUUUCACCAGUUUUUUUGGAGAGAAUGGAGUCAGUACUACAGCGAUGUGCUGGUCUGGCCCACCGAUGCCAGUCACUGGCUCAACGUAAAACUGGUGCUGGAGGAACUCUCCCUUCGGGGCCACGAUGUGACUGUGCUGGUGCCUUCAGCAAAUUUACUCAUCGAUUACAAUGAGUCCUCUUCCCCAUUUGACUUUGAGGUCCUGCCAGUGCCCUAUACCAGGGAGACCAUAGUGGCCCUGAUGGAGGACUUCCUGCACCUGUGGCUGUACGAGCUUCCCCAUCUGUCCUACUGGGAGGGCCUGAGGAAAAUGGUGGAAAGCAUGGCAGUCUUUAUCAAGAUAUUCAAGCAGACCUGUGACAGUGUCGUACGGAACCCCAGGCUGAUAGCAAAGCUCCGGCAAGCAGGGUUUGAUGUGCUAAUCUCAGACCCUCUUUCUCCGGGCGGUGAGCUGGUAGCAGAGUUGCUUGAAAUCCCUUUUGUCUAUACUUUCCGGUUCUCUGAAGGGAACACAAUGGAGCGGCUGUGUGGGGGGCUUCCAGCCCCUCCUUCGUACGUACCUGCCAGCACGGGGGGACUGACGGACAGGAUGUCCUUCACAGAGAAGAUAACAAACUUGCUGCUUUAUAUUUACCAUGAUGUGUUUUUCCUGCAUUUCUUGGUGGAUGAGUGGAAUCAGUAUUACAGUGAUGUCUUAGGAAGGCCCACGACGCUGUGUGAAACGAUGGGCAAAGCAGAGAUGUGGCUGAUCCGCACGUACUGGGACUUUGAAUUCCCUCGCCCUUUCCUGCCUAACUUUGAGUUUGUCGGGGGACUCCACUGCAAGCCUGCAAAGCCUUUACCUGAGGAAAUGGAAGAGUUUGUCCAGAGUUCAGGGGAACAUGGUAUCGUGGUGUUUUCUCUUGGCUCGAUGGUUUACAACUUAACUGAGGAGAAAAGUAACAUGGUUGCCUUGGCCCUCAGCCAGAUUCCACAAAAGGUCCUUUGGAGGUACAAAGGGAAGAAACCAGAAACGUUAGGACCCAACACUAGGAUUUAUGACUGGAUACCCCAGAAUGACCUGCUUGGCCACCCCAAGACCAAAGCCUUUAUUACUCACGGUGGAACCAACGGGAUCUAUGAAGCGAUCUACCAUGGGAUUCCCAUGGUUGGGAUUCCCAUGUUCGCUGACCAGCCAGAUAACAUUGCUCACAUGAAGGCGAAAGGAAUGGCAGUCGAGCUGGAUUUUAACACAAUGCAAACCCAGGAUUUAAUCAAUGCAUUGAAUAUGGUCAUUAACAACUCCAGCUAUAAAGAAAAUGCAGUGAGGUUAUCCGAGAUUCACCACGACCAGCCCAUAAAGCCCCUGGACCGAGCUGUCUUCUGGAUCGAAUUUGUCAUGCGCCACAAAGGGGCAAAGCACUUGAGACCAGCAGCUCACGAGCUCACCUGGUACCAGUAUCACUGCCUGGAUGUCCUGGCGUUCUUGCUCGUCUGUGCAGUAGCUGCUGUUUUCAUUGCUGUCAGGUGCUGCUUGUUUUGCUGUAAGAAAUGCGGUAGGAUUGUAAAGAAAAAGAAAACGGAGUAGAUUUGCUGUUCCCAUUGGCCACGCUUGUCUCUGGUUAGGCCGUGGUUCGGCCGUGGUUCAGCCAGGUACUUCAACUUGUUCGUGGUCCUGUUGAUCUAGGCAUAUGCUGAAAAUGAGGCGCAUGCUGCAAUACCCAUGCGUAAUCAGGGCCAUGUUCUGGUGAAGUAGUAUCAGGAAAGCUGCACACUUAGCGAAUGUGAUGUUGACAGUAACUUCCUUUUGGCUUGAAUAAGAAUGAAUCAUUAGCUUGAUCCACCAAUCGGACUCCUUCGGUGAUUACACAGGGCUUGUCAUAUGCUAACUGGGGCAAUGAUGUUCAGAAUGUAACUUUCCAGAGACUUUAUUUUAAAAGGACAAAGCCCAUAUAUUUUAGGUCCUUUGCUGUGUCUUCCACCUGCGGGUAUUAAAGUUGAUUUGCCCACCCUGCGAUCUGUGAGUGUGUCCCCUCACUAGAUCACCCAGAACCAAAAUGUCUGUGUGUCUGUUGUAUGGCUCCUGGAAGAGCAGACACUGACUAGUUCGAAGUCCAGAUAAGCGGUCAGAUGCUCCUAGAAGAUGCCCACCCGAAAGGCCAAGACUUCUGAAAAUAGCCAUCUGCCUGUAAGUUCCUAUGUCCAUAUUUAAGUGUCUUAAUAGAUGACCUGAUUUUCAAAUGUUCUGGGUAUGCAGCAGCUCCUUCUGACUUCAGUUGGAGAUGCUGAGUGCUCAACAUGUUUGAAAAUCAGGUUUUUUUAGCAACCAUGGUGAGGAUCAAGGAAUUGGAUUUUCAAAGGCAUCUAUGGUAGUUAAGGGUGCCACUCCCAUUGAAUUUCACAACUCUCUUGGCCUCCUUUCAAAAUCUCAGCCAAAGAGAGGAACUUCACGUCCCGUGUCUGAAAGCCUGAUCCGGUGUAUAAAAUGGGACUCGUUUGUGUAGUGAUAUGGAGGCUCCAAUCAGAUCCCUUCUGCAUUGGCUCUUGUGAAAAAUCUCUCCAAAGUUUAAUGAGACUUUACCCUGAGUUAAAUUUCUGUGGGUGAAGACACAAUUUGAUGGCUGAGAAUUAUAGCGCUGGGAAUUCAGUAGGCACGUGUUAGAGUGUGGGCCCAAGAAAGGAGGUGGCUGUUCGAACAGCAGCCUUCCCAGACAUGCAAUUGAAGGGCAGUAACUAUCACAAUCGCUACAGCGUAGAACUCCCAAUGGUCAAACCAGUACACAAGGGGAUCCAGGAAAUGGCAGAAUAACUCAAGGGGUUUUAUGUGCAUCUAGGUCUGCCCCCUUUGCUCCAUAGUCCAGUGCUCAGCCUCCAGCGCCGGCCCACUGCAACCCAGAAAGCUGAGGAAACAGCUGCUCUGCCCAACCAAGGUGGGGCGACAGACUGGUGCAGGGAAGGCAUUCCACUGUGUCCCAUCCCCUCCAUACACACAUACGGGCCUCCCUGUGCUGCAGGACUCUCUUCCCAAUGGUCCCCCUUCUGUGGGCCGUGGAAAGUUAGCCUUAGGGUACAUGGUCUCUGUUCAUCUUGCUCGCUGGCCUCCACAGCAGAACCAGCGACUUGCACAUCCUGACAGCUGCCAAAGCUCCCUGAAGACUUGUCUUAACUUCAGUGGGCUUUGGCUCAGGCCUUUACUGGCUUAGCUCAUCGUGCCGUCAGUAAUUCCCAAGCGUCUGCUGCCGUACACAGGAGUGGGUCACCUGUGCUACAGCAUUCCAGAGCUGCUGGAGAGGAGACCUGCUGAAUAAUGGACCUUGUGGCUUCACUGGUCUGUAAGAGGUUGUCUUAAAAUGCUCCUGGAACCACCAAGUGCAACUGCUAAUUUCCCUCAGUAACGGGCAAACCUAUUAUCUGCAUAGUGGGCCAACUCCUCAGCAGCUGUAAAUCCAUAUCAAUUAUUCUGUUGAGCGCCAUGAAGAUUUUAGAACAGCUGAGGAUCACUUAUGCAGCAACAGUAUUGCAUGGUUGCUACAAUAAGCAAGCCACCAGCUCAUGUCGAAGAGUGCCUUUAAACUUGCCUUUGUCAGAGUUGGGUUGCAUUUGUAAAUACGAUCCAGCGCUUAAUGGAAGGCAACUUAUAUUUGCCUGCAGACAAAGCAGCUCGAGAAAACAGCAAGGUUCUUCAUUUACUGAAUAUUUUUUCUUGCCCCAAACAGUUUUAUUAGCGCUAAUUUUUGGAGCUGGUUGUGACAAAUCUUAAGCCUUAAGCUAAAGCUUUGAUGCUAAACUGAAAACGGGACACCUUGAUGUUGAUUUAGGAGAAUCUAGCCUCUGGGGCCUAUCAUAGCAGAUAUACGGAGUAUAAGACACACUAAUGUGAAUAGUCAUGUUUCUGAGCUUGCUUAUACUGCGUAUACAGAAAAAUACCCAAAUUGGUAGUCAGCUACAGCCACCAGUUAUGUGAUUUAUCAUUGAGAUUCCCCUUGUUGCUGUAAAUCACUGGAAACUUGAAUCCAAAUUGGAAACACUGGGUGAGCUCCUCAGCUGGUGUAACCUGCCCUCUUGUAAUCACUUGAGUGGAGCUAGGCCAGUGCACCCCAGAGAAUUAGGUCAAUUAGCUAUUACAAAAUGUCUACAGAAAUCUACAGGUUGCCUAGGUCUGUGCUGGAACUCCGUACACAUCUGUGCCCCCGAUCCUGCAGCGAAACGCAUGCAGGCUGAAUGCAGUCAGCAGGAGCUGCAUGUGCCCAUACAGGCAGUUGGCAAGAUCACAGCCUUGAUUGUUGACAUAUAAAACAUUCAGAGAUUUGAUACUUGGAAGCAGGAAGCCAGAGUAAGUUAGGUCGACCUGCUUGGCGGGGGGGAGGGAGUAGAGUUUGUGGAAAGUAUCACUGAGGAGUUUUGACCAGCUCUAGUCUUACUUUUCCCUUCACAGGGAAAGACAAAACUGUGAGCCCACUCCAUGAAACCCCAUUAGCAUGACCCUAGGAAGAUCUCUGCCUGAGAGGGGGCAGGCAUGUUAUUUGAAUGUAAAAUGUCAUACAAGUUCAGGCUCUGGUGUAAUUCAACGCGUGUCGCACUCGUCGAAUGAACUAGCUCCCUUAAUACUACAGCAUCGCCACUGCUGCUAACCAAAAUAUUUGCUACCUCGUGGCUAGAGCAUUCAGCUCCUUGGGUUGAUUUGUUAUUCCUAUUAUUGAGUGUCAAACUGAUUAAGUCUAGGAAAGAUUCCCUCUACUAAAAUAUGCAAUGCUUAGGUUAAUACAUGUCAGUUUCAAGUGAGGGAAUUCAGCUGUAGGAGAUCCCACAGUAACCUGCAUUGCACUUAGUGCAGAUGGACUGCUACCCACAGAAAUUACCAGGCACAGUUGCAGCCUUACUGGACCAGGUUAUUUAAAAGUUUGCCUAAGCAGGAGACAAAUGCCGUCAGAGGAAGUAGGACUGAAUGAAGAUGGACGAGAACAAGUAUGUGGAGACAAAAGGGCUGCCUUUUUCAGAAGAAGUUAGCAAGUUGAGUGCUAGACUUUCACAAGCCUGGCCGCAUGUGAAGGAGCUGAACAUGUGAAAUCUGGACAUAAACCUGCUUGGCUUUUAUACUCUGGCCAGAUGCUGCCUCAUUGCUACUGCCCUAAUUUAUUCUUCUUAGGAUGACGCACACACAUGUGCGCAGACACACAUUCACACUAGAAUUUGCCAGUUACUGAAGUAGCUCUACAAGCCAUGAUUCAGGUGACAAAUUACAGCUAGCAUAUGUAUGGCUCUGCACUGUAUGACAGCUGUAAGAGUCUAAACUUGCUAGGAUCCAGGAGGUUCCUGCCUCCUGAGAUGACUGAGGCCUUGUCUAUAUUACCAUGGUAAGAUGACCUAAGUUACGUGAAUAACAUAAUUGGAGUCGAUGUAGCUUAGGUCGACUUACUGCGGUGUCUACACCAUGCUGCGUCAACAAGAGAUGCUCUCCCGUCGACUUCCCUUACUCUUCUCAGGGAGGUGGAGUAUCGGAGUCGACCGGAGCAUGCUCUCCCUUCGAUUUAGUGGGUCUUCACUAGACCCACUAAAUCGACACCUGCUGCAUUGAUUGCAGCAGUGCUGAUCUACCAGUAACUGUAGACAUGGCCUAAGAAUAAUACAUUUCAACCCAAAAGUUAACUCACAGUAAAGUGAGAACAGGGAAAAGCCUCCAACUGCAUGCAAAGAAGAGUUUUUUUCCAUCGAACUCUCAAGUUGUAGGUUAGCUCUCUGGUUUUUACUAUUGCAAGUUUAAAUUCAAAUCCGUCCUGUUCAAGAGCAUUUACAAUACAGAAGUCAAUGAAAUAUCCCAGGGCAUUUGCUAUGGCAUGUUACAUAGAGGCAUGCCUAUGUUGGCUCUGCACAGUGGGUGUGUGCCCUGUAAUUUUGUCUGGAUUGAGCAAUUGAUUGACACGGGGCUGGUUUGGAUCUCUCUUUAGAUGAAGUGGUGUCGAGACUGGCACAGGGCGAGGACAUUAAAGGCCAUGUCUGCCCUCCCGGUGAAAUCGACACUGCUGUGACUGAUGGAGCGGUAUUGAUUUAGCUGGUCUGGUGAAGACACGCUAAGUCGAUCUGUACUCCACCACCCCAAGAGGUGGAAGCUAUGUCGACAAGAGAGCAUCUUCCGUUGAUACAGCGCAGUAUAGACACCGCCAUAAGUCAACCGAAGUCACAUCAACUUCAGUUACGUAAAGCGUUAGCGUAGGCUAGCCCUUAGUUUUGGGGAUACCAAGCCCCAGCUUACAGCUGUCUGGGUUGAAUUUCACCCAUUGGAAAGAUCUUUACUGAGGGGGAAAAUAGGUAACUUUUAAAUACACAGGCCAGCCUUCCUAGAACUGUUAGCAAACCUGGAAGCCUUUAAAAUAACAAGCCAAGCUAAAAUUUCAAUUGUUACCAAUUUAUUAUUAUUAUUAUUUUUUUUAUAAAAAAUGGUAGCAAUGUAGAAUACAGCAACAUUUUCUGCUUCCACACACGCAAACUGUGAACAUUCCAAGCAAUGUGUACGUUUCAGGGAGGCUAGACAAUAGCAUGGACCAGAGGGUUACUGAACACAGGAAGAUUUUUAAAAAGAUUAAAAAUUAGAUAUCAAUAGUGUCUUCUUAAUAUUGCUUUCAUUAUUGAAGACUGACAAAACACUCUACAGCAAAGGUUAAAAAACAGAAAAACAAAAGGCUGCUACAACACUGCCAUACAGUCAAAUCAUCAUACUUCAAUAGUUGCAUACUUGAUAGCAGCAUUUUUUCCCACUGAACCAUGUGAAACUACACGUAAGAAAAUAAAGCAAAAAAAAAAAAAAAAAA